UGAACAUAACCUUAAAAAAAUUCUUUCGUUUUUCAGUGUUUUUCUUUCCUGCUAUUUUUUAGAUUCAGAAAAACAAAGACCAAACUUUUAUUGAGGCAAGUACCCAAUCAUGAUUGAAAUUACCUGCAACGACCGACUGGGCAAAAAAGUCCGAGUGAAAUGCAACCCCGACGAUACAGUAGGAGACCUCAAAAAGCUGAUCGCUGCUCAAACUGGCACUAAAUGGGACAAAAUCGUCCUGAAAAAAUGGUAUACCACGUUCAAGGAUCAUAUACAGCUACAGGAUUAUGAAAUCCAUGAUGGGAUGAAUAUAGAACUCUACUACCAGUAAACACCAAUAACUAAUACAAACAGAAAACUUAGGGUAUUAUUUAAAAAAAAAAGGUGUCGGUGGUUUUUAUGUACCAAUAUUGAUAAGUAAAUCUCAAUUUUUUAAUGUAAUAUAGUUUCUAAUGUAUUAAUAAUUGUUUCUUUCUUAUCAAACUUUUGCGAUUAAGUUUAAAUUCUUGGAAUAAUCAGUGGCAUUUAUUAUUCAUAAACUUCAAGCAUUUGUUGUUAAUUGAAGCCUUAAUUUCUACAUUCAUCUAAAACUGAAAGUGGAUUUGAACUCCUUCAACAUUGCACAAGCAGAAAUGACUCCCCAAACAUUUCAUGAGAAAAUCAAUGUGUCAGUGGCGUGUUUACUAGGGAAGCACAGCUUCCCCUCGAGGAUUUAUUAAGAACACUAAACUAAACUUUAUGUAGACAUUUUCAAAAAGAAAUAUAUGAAACUUGUGAAUGGCUGACUGGUUCUGAAAUUAUAAGUCUCUCCUGCCCUGUACUUUCACCAUCUUUCCCCAUCCGUUAUCUGGACACGCCACUGGUAAGUGUGCAGAAAACUGAAAAUAUUGAACUGAACUGGACUUUUUCAAAAGCUCAAUUGAAGCUUCCAUGUCCCUAUUUGUUAAGAAAAGUAAAGUAAUGUAUAACCUUCAUUCUUCAAAAUAGUUUUAUUUAAAAUUGUUAACAGAAAUAAAUAGUGGAGCAUUAAAUCUAAACACUACAUUCUAUUUUUUUAGCACCAAUAAUUUACCUAAUAAAUAAUAAAACGAAACUUUUUGGCAAAAAUAUCACAAAACACAAUUAGUUUUUUUUUAUUAAUAACACCCAACCUAGUUAAUAAAUUAAUUUUUGAAAAAGAUUAAGGUCCGGUUUUUAUCCAUCAGAUUGCAUACCUGACAGUAUAUCAAAAAGUGAAUAAACCGGCCCUAAAUUAAAUAAAUAACAAGCAAAAUAAAAUAUUUUUAGUAAAAACAUAAAAUAGAAAUUAAAGAAAUCAUCUAAGUAAAAUUAUUGAGCGUUUAAAUUAUAGGUACUUAAUCUAUCACAAUCCAAAUGUUAAUUUUAUUCAGGAAAAUUAUUAACUCUAUGAUUUUUGUUGCCUCCAAAAAAAGGUAUUUUUCCGCAGGUCCCUAUACAAAUACAUAUGUUUAAAUAUUCUUUGUAUUCACCAAAAUUCAGGUGAUUACCAUGGUGGAGUGAAUUUUAACAAAAGUAUUGUUAAAUAAGUUCUUUAAUCAAACCGGAAAAUUGUGACCUAUGGGAUAAAAUACCUAUAUCUAAUAAUUCUUCUAUUGCAAAAUAUUCUAGUUUGUGUUACACUUUUUGAGUAAGCCAAAUUAUCAAAGUGAGCUACAAACCUAAUGUGGUCUUUUACAGACAUCAUUGCUAAUAGUCACCCUCUUUGUGGGUGAUUGAAGCAUUGCUGGAUGAACCCUUACUUGAGGUAAACUCCGUUCUUCAGAAUUUCUCGGUUUACUUGAAAGGAUCUCUCUGAUGUGUUGCACUAUAAGAUCGAUUGCCACUAAAAAGAGCAAUCAACAUCAAGGUUGGAAAAAUAAAGGAAGAAAUAAGAUAAUUUAAGUAAGUAGGCGUGUCUAAUAAUAUGAUAUAUUUAAUUUGGUAUAGAAGGUAUAAUACAUCUACUACAUGCUGUGAGCUGUGACAACCUUUGGUCAUGUAUGUAUAUAUAUAUAUUGUAUAUACUUGACAAUUGAUUGCAUAAUGUAUAAAUCCUGUUUAUGUCAUCAGAAAAUUACCAAGUGAAAUAUUGAGUACAAAAUAUUGUUUUAUUUUAUUAGUAUAUAAAUUGUAAUUAUUAUAGAUUGUGCAACCUCCUCUAAAUAGUCUCAAUAAAGGCGGAAAAAUCUUAAUACAAAACAUAAAAAGCUUAUAAAAUAAUAACAUAUUGGGGACAAUUAUAAUACUUCUUAUCAAGUAUUUUUAUUUUAAGAUUUCCAUUGAUUUGUGAAACUUGUUUUUCUAAUAAAUCCAUUUUUUUUUGUUAAUCAUGGAAGAACAUCCUCUAAAUAUAAAAUGUAUAGGUAUCGUAUAUCAGAUUUAAUUGUAUUGUAAUUAAUAAAUCCCUGUUUUGUAAAAAAUAUGAAUGUGCAUUCAAAAGCUUAAUUAAGAAUGUUCAUAUUUUUAUAAAUCUCAUCAAUGGAACUUGAAAGUCUGAAAUGUUCAAAUAAGUCAAUAAAAAAUAUCACCAAACCUAAGAAUUUAAGUCUAUUGAAGAAAACUUCUAAACUGCCAAAUUCAUAGUGAAAUAUGGAAGAUAUGUUUAAGAAGUAUCUCAAAACUACUGCCAUCAUAAUUUUAAUCCUAAAAAUUAUACCAGUUUGGCUACCACCUACCUAAUCUAACAUAAAUGCAUUAAUUUAUAAUUUUGGUUCAAUAUUUUUCUUUAUAUCCUAGUAAAAAGGAAAAAAAUUAUAAAGGUACAUCAAUUAAAAAAUAAACCAGCAAUAAGAUUCUCUUUCUUUCGAGCAUAAAGUAAAGUAAAAAAUAGAAAGCCAUUUGGAAUAGAAUCAAAAGUGUACAGAAAAGUAUGUUAAAUCUUAAAGCCUAUUGAUGGUUUCGAACAGUCCCCUGCCCCGAGGACUGCCUUGUAAAAGGUCCUUGAUAUGGUGCACAAUAAGAUCAAUAGCCACUGCAACAGAAAAAUAUCAAUAAGUGACGUGCAAAGACAUUCAAAUAAUAGACAACAUUUACACAUGCUUUUAUAAUAUGAGACAAAUUACAUGCUUCUUUUCACUCCAGUCGUACUAGAUUUCUAUUAUUGGCAACACAGUUUUAAAAAGUACACCAACAUUGUUAUACAAUUAUAUUGCAGUGACUAUUUCUCAAAUCUUUUUUUGCCUUAUCCUUAUGAAAUAUAGAGUUAUAUUUACAAUUAACUUACCAAGGUUGUCUGCACCUCUUGGAAUAAUGACAUCUUUUGUUGUGUCUUACAGGAGAACAAAAUUCUUCAAACGCAGGCUUUACGAAAUUCAUGUAUUGAUUUAAGACUUGGUCCAAAUCUCUGCCCCUUUCAUUUAUGUCUCUGGGAA